AUGAAUCCACAUGUGGUGGAGUGGCUGAACGAUGCGUUGAAUGUGAACGUCACCGUCCUCAUCAACACUGGUAUAGCCUUGUUCGCGGUGGUGGCAGCCCUCCGCUCAACAUGGAAGUCGCUGUACGCCUACGCAGAGAGUAUCUGCUUGACAACCGUCUACAUCAAGGAGGAAGACCCUCUCUAUCAUGAUAUUCUCCUUUGGAUGGACGACCACGUGUUCCAACAUCGGAAUUUCCGAUCUGUCACGGCGGUCACAUCAAAGCGGCUCGAACACAAAAACACCAUGAAUACAGGUGUCGCGGCAGAUAGCCAUGGCAAGCAUGGACUGUCAGAGACCACUUCCUCGAUUCAUCUCAAGCCGUUUCAAGGUUCUCGCCUGUUCAGAUUCAACGGCAGAUGGAUCCUAUUCAGCCACUCGGCUUCCCGUACCAGCGGCGUCAGUAGGAUGUUAUUGGAAAGCGAUGAAGAUAAGGUACCAUUGAAGCUACAAUGCUUCAGCCUCUCUCUCAACACCCAACAUCGGUUUCUGUACGAGGCAACAGCCUAUAGGCGCAAAGUAUCUAUGUCCAACGUCACUGUGCACCGCGCUCUCACCAGCCAGCGAGGAGACCUCCGCUGGAGACGCAUCACCUCCCGACCCCGCCGGGACCUUUCAACCGUUAUCCUGGACCAAGGGAAGAAACAGGCGCUCCUGAAUGACAUUGAAGAGUUUCUCCAUCUACGCAUAAAGCAGUGGUACGCUAAUCACGGCAUUCCAUACCGCCGCGGCUAUCUAUUCUCCGGACCUCCAGGAACGGGGAAAACGAGUCUGGCGUCUGCGAUCGCGGGUGCUUUUGGAUUAGACAUUUACGUUCUGAGCCUGAUGGACUCUAGUAUGACAGAGUCCCACUUCAUGCGUUUGUUCUCCGAAGUGCCUGAGCAAUGUGUUGUGUUGUUGGAAGAUAUCGAUGCCGCGGGAGUGACCACGACCAGAGACAUGGAUACUCUUCCAGUUGAAAAGCAUAACAACAAUGGUUUAUGCAAGGAUGGCGAUGCAUCGCAAAGGACUAUGAGGAGACGUGCGGAUAUUAACACCACGAGGCUUGAAACAUCAUCCAACGGUGCUUCCUCGCAAAUCUCUCUCUCUGGCCUGCUGAAUGCCAUCGACGGGAUCUCUUCACACGAAGGCCGGAUCUUGAUUAUGACGACGAACGCACCGCAAUCUUUGGAUCGUGCGCUGAUACGUCCUGGGAGGGUAGAUCUGCAUAUUCAAUUUGAGUUGCCGUCGAGGGAGGAACUACGCGCACUGUUUUUGAGCAUGUAUAGUGACUUGGAUAUCGAGGAAGAAGAGGGAAAUGCUUUGGGUGGUGAUGAGAAGAGCAAAGGAGAUGCUCCAUUAGAUGAACUCGCAGAAGACUUUGCGGACAAACUACCAGAACGGCAGCUCAGUUUGGCUGAGAUACAGGGUUUUCUUUUGCAGCAUAAGAAGAAGCCAGCUGAGGCGUGUGCCCAGGUCCUUGAGUGGGCUGCAGAAAGGGUAGAGCAGGAUUAG